UUUUUUUUUGAGUAUGAUCAACUCUUUUGAAAAAAGAUCAAACAAAAGGCUAAAAGUUGGCAGGGCAUGUUAUACUUGUCGCGCUAAAAAGAUUAAAUGUGACGGAUUAAGGCCCUGUAUGCAGUGCAAAGCUCGGCAGCGCCCGUGCUCUUUCUACAAAGAUGGUUCACUUGAAUUGGAUCAACAAGAAAAAUCUAGUGAAACCAUACACAGUAAUAACAGCGAACCUCUUGGCACAUUGAAGACCAACAGCGACAGACUCGACUCUAAUGAAGACAACAGUAAUGAUGAUAAUGAUGAUCAUAUUUUGUUUGCAGACACAUCUUCAGCAAAUCACAAUAGAUUGAAGCGAAAAGGCCCUUUGAUGGAAUCAUGGAUAAGCAAUGCAUUGGGAUCUCUUGGCGAUAAUCUACGAAAGCUAUCAAGCGUCGAUAGCAAUCGCCUAUCAGAAAGGCUGCUCAAUACAACAGAUUCUUAUGGAAACUUUAUUAUGUGGAUGCCUGAACCUUCACUUCCAAGUCGUUAUUCUGGUUCAAUCGAAAUGCCAUCGCGUGACAUCCAAAUGGCCUUGAUAGAUCAGUUUUUUUCCGAACGUUACGAAUCUAUCGCGCUUAUUCCUCGAAGUUACUUUUAUGAACAAAUCAAAACGAAGGGACUCUUGGUGACCCCUCUUUUGCUAAAUAUUAUUUAUGCACACGCAGCUCGAUUUGUCAAUAUACCUGAUUGUCCAAAAACAGAAGUCUUCCUUCAACGAGCCAGACGACUUGUGGAUGACUUUUUGGAUGUGCCUCGAGUUAGUACAGUGGUUGCUCUUUAUUUACUCAGUCUCUAUGAACCAAGCCCUAGCAUUUAUCGACCCGGCUCGUUUCAGUGUAGACAGUGGCAGUAUUCAGGCAUGGCCUGUCGCAUGGCAAUCGAGCUCGGCCUACAUGACGAUACAAAUGUACACUGCAGUCUUACGCCUGUCGAAAUUGAAUUGAGAAGACGAGUAUUCUGGGGCUGCUAUGAUCUUGAUAAGUUCCAAAGCGGAGGUUGGGAAAGACCUUGGAUGAUUCCAAAAUGCUUUAUCAAAACCUUACGUCCAUCGCCUUUACUAGAAGAGUCAGAUGAAGAUCGCCUCAUUAUUAAUAUUUUCAGCAAGAAGCUUCAAUUCAUGAGCAUUGUGGAAGAUGGACUAAUACUCUUGUCGGCUAGUCAAUCUUUUCAACACAGCGAUGUAAAUGAUUUUCUUGGUAUUGUGCGUGAAGAUAUGAUCAACAAUAUAGCAGACAACCACAACAACUAUCAGAAAUGGCUUCGGUCUUUACCUCAUGAAAUGCAAUGGACGCCUACUUCCACUAUGUCAGUUAAAGAUGUGCUAGAACUACCUGCGCCACGGCCAGCUAUAGCGCAUAUGCAUCUGUACUACAACCUCAUUCAUCUAAAUAUAUUGAAUAGAGUGACCACAAAUUCGGUUGUGCAGUUUCAGACAAGAGUUACAGGCGCAUGUAUAACUCAACUCGUUUAUCAUAUGUGCCAAUCACCUUCUUUUAUUGUCAAAUUCGAUUUUCUAGUACAUACCCUGAUUCAUGCCAUCAAAGCACACAUACGCUUUUUAGACGAUCCUGAUAUUAAUCUAGCUCAGCAGGCCUGGCUUCUCUUUGAUAGAUCUAUCUGGUGUAUGCAACUCAUCAAUAAUUAUGCCGUCAUACCUAACUGUAGUAAAUUUCUUCAGCAAGUUCAAAACAUUUAUGGGAUACACAUGUCUACCUCAAAUGGUAGAAAUACAAACAAUAACGAUAAUAAUAGCAGUAAUCAUAGUGAUACCAAUACCAACAACGACCAUGGAUUGUCACCCAAGAGACUUCAUGAUAGUAAUGAGUUGGCUGAAGAAAGAGGACUCAUAGGUCACCCUAGGGUUGCCCCACCUCCUCCACCUCCUCCACCUCCUCCAUCACCUCCUCCGCCUAUACAAUUCUCUGAUAUGCCUCCUUACCUUGAUUGGACGCCCUCCAACAUGAAUCAUCAACAACAGAAUACAAGCAACAAUAUUAUUCAAAUGACUAAUGCCAACAGUAACGGCAGUCGAAAUAUAAUUUAUUUAGACCAUCAGUAUCGAUUGCAUGAUAGAAGUAACAACCGUUAUGACCAAACAGUAAGAAACAGCUCUUCACAACUAUGGAGCGAAACAAACAAUCGACAAUAUGCACUUGGUAACAGAAGCAACAAUAGUUCAGGCAACAACAAUACGAAUUAUAAUGCGGGUGAAAUUGUUGUUCCUAGCCAGCUUUUAGUUGAUGAAUCACCAUAUCAGCGACAAGAGUCAACAUCACAGCAAACGCCACCACCCCCACCACCACCAACACUGACAAAUUCACCUUCAAAUGCUUCGAACGCAAGAUUUGCCCAACAAGUGUCAUCCAAUCCAUCCUCUACCUUAUUAUGGCAAAACCCUCCCCCAACAAAUUCUAAUAGCAAUUUGACAGGUAAAGAAGCACAAUACCAUAACAUGUCUGUCUGACAUACCUUAUAGAUGAGAAUGAGGCGCCUGUUAGAAAAGGACUUGGAGAAAUUUACAUGUCAUCAAGACAACAUUAUGAAGAAAUGAUAAAAAGACCACCUUAAUUAAAUAAUAAAGUUUUAUAAUACACAAGUCUAUUU